AUGCUGCUUCUCGUAGCAUGAAUCUCGGUCAAGCUUUUCGUUGCUUCUAUCGUGACGCAGCAUCCGUUGUUCACACCUGACUUUUCGAUACUAUUGUAUUAGUGAGAAAUCAAAGAGUUAGACAGUGAUUCGUCGUCACGAGAAUAGUUUUGCGGAAAAAAGCAACACGUCGUCGAUAAUUAACAGCUGAGCUGCAACCCGAGAUGCAUUAGCAUCGCGUAACGACACCGAGAAAACCCCGGCAUCGAUUGCAAUGCUAGAAUCAGAACAACGGCAGUGAAAGAUGGUGGACAAGGAAGAGUUGAAUAUAACGAAGGCUAAGGCCCCUCCGCCGUUGAAUCUCAACGAGGCGAUCGAGGACGAAGUACUGAACCAAAAGACUGCUAGAAUCCUUAAGAAUGAUCUUCUUCUACAUGAGGCUGUGAUAAAAAACGAACCGGACACCGUUCGUAAAGUACUUAAGGAGACUGUUGACGUAGAUUCCAGAAAUAAUUAUGGCCGCGCUCCGAUUCAUUGGGCAGCAUCGAGAGGAAAUACGGAAAUUAUCGAAAUGUUGAUACAAGCUAAAUGCGAUAUCGAAGCGAGAGAUAAGUAUGGAAUGCGUCCCUUACAUAUGGCAGCUCAGCACGGGCACCGAGACGCGGUGAAGAUGUUGAUCAAUGCUGGAGCAAAUGUAUCCGCGGUUAAUAAGAAACAAUACACCCUCUUAAUGUGUGGUGCUCGCGGCAGCAACGUAAGCGUGGUGGACUAUCUCGCGGAAGCUGUGGAAUCGUUAAACGGUGAGGCUACCGACUGCACCGGUGCGACUGCACUUCACCACGCAGCCAUUUCCGGGCAUCCUGGAGUGAUAACGGCGCUCUCCAAUAUUCCACGGAUCGUACUCGACGCUACAGAUAAGAAAGGACAAACCCCGAUGCAUUAUGCCUGCGCCGAGGAGCACUUGGAAGCGGUCGAAGUUCUUAUAGGAUUAGGCGUGAACGUAGACGCCCAGGAUAACGAUGGGAAUACCCCACUUCACGUAGCCACCAGAACGAGGCACACCGGGAUAGCGCAAUUAUUAUUAAAAGCUGGAGCGAAUACCGAGUUAACCGAUGCGGAGGGUUUCACUCCCCUUCACGUUGCCGCGAGUCAAGGAUGCAAAGGAAUACUCGACUCCAUGAUUCAGCACGGAGCCGAUCUUAACAAGCAGUGCAAGAAUGGUAACACAGCCUUGCAUCUGGCCUGUCAAAACAACGAAGUAGAGACGGUAGAAAUAUUAAUUAACAAAGGUGUCGAUCUCAAUUGUUUAAAUCUGAGACUUCAAUCUCCGAUACAUAUUGCAGCCGAGAUGGGACAUACGGAUAUUUGUGAAUUACUUCUUGCAGCGGGCGCGAAUAUCGAGCAAAAAGAACAGAGCGGUCGCACGCCACUUUAUAUUGCGGCAAGGGGCAGUUUCACGGCCAUCGUCGAUAUGAUCAUUAAAACCGCGAGAUUGGAUUAUCCGACCCCGGAGGUCCGAGAGUUGACUCCGGCGCGAAGGCGAUGGAGAGAAGGAUCAUCCGGUGGCAGCAUCUCCAGCAACAAUGGUCGUCUCCCCGAACAAGUUCGAUCUAUUCUCUGGAAAUUGGCCUACAAGCAAUUAGCGCCUGGCGACUGGAAAAAAUUAGCUCUUCACUGGGCCUUCACCCCUGAUCAGAUCAAAGCUAUCGAGCAUCAAUAUACAGCUCCCAUUGUAGGUUCCUCGAGUUACAAGGAGCACGGAUUUCGAAUGUUAAUGAUUUGGGCUUCCGGAUUAAAUCCCGACGUACAAUUAGCAAAAGAGCUCUGCGAUGCUUUGUCAGCGGUGGAUAAGAAAGCAAUUGCUGAUUCCGUUCGUAAGCAAAUAGAACAGGGAAAUGACAGCAAGGCGAAAUCGAAAGGGCAACGAUGUCAUAAAUGUUCCAUCACAUAAACAUUUACAAGUGCCAAACUCAAUCUCACAUAUAAAUACAUUCUAUACGAAAAUGUAACGAAUGGAUGUUGUAACUUGUGUAAUAACUAUUGCUGUUGGAAAUGUCGCAGAUUAUAAGAAAAGUUUGAAAUUAGCGAGCAUAAUUUAUGACAGAGAUAAAAAUGACAUACGAUGAAUAUCUUUUGUACUGAUACAUAAUAUUUCAUAAAUUCUUGAAAUACAACGAUUAUUAAUUUAUGGUGCAGGUAUAGCUGUCAUUAUCGGUUUAAAAUAAUCAGAAUUUUUUCCUUGUAUUAGAUUAUCGUACAUUUGACUCGAUAAAAUUUAUAUGCCAAGUUUUUAAGCCAAAAUUUAAGACUCGAGUCUAAUACACUCAACAAAAAACACAUCAUAGUGAAUAAAAUUAAUUCGUUAAUAUUUCGAUAAAAAGUUACACACGCGAAUAAAAAAUCUGAGAAAAUGUAGAAAUAAAUUUUUACAUAUAUAAUAAAUUACUUUUUCAUAAAUUUUUAAAUCAAGCAGAUUACAUAAAUCUAUCUUGCAUGAAAAGUUGACUGAAAAUAAAGCUUAACUAAAAUAAAUCAUUCUAGAAAAUAUAUUAUAUUUCUCUCCAUUAAUCUAUCGGGUUAAAUAUAUCAUUCACAUUACACACAUAUACACACGCACAUAUAUAUAUAUAUAUACAAAUAUAAAUAACAUGUGAACAUAAAAGAGCAAAACAGUGAAGAAGAUAUUCGAAACACAAUAUUAUAUAUAAAUUAUGUGCGAAAAAGAAAACUUAAAAAAACGUGAGAUACUUAAACAAUUAUAUACGUAUGAAACCAAGCCGUCCUAAGCUAAUCCUAAUUUAGAUGAUUAUUAUAAUUCCGUUUAUCCUUGCGAUUCUCUUAUAGAGGAACGCAAUAUGCCUCUGUAACUUGUAGAGACAAAAUUACAGUUAGUAUACAAAAGCCAUCGAAAAAGCGGUACAAUUGUAAAAUCAAAGUAACAAUCUCUAAUUGUAGGAAUUCUUCGGAAUAGAUAUAAUAACGCAUAGAGUAAGUAUAAUAAAUUUUGCAGGGCUUUUGAUGUGAUAAAAAGUUGUUAGAUUGUUAGAUUUCGAUAAGAAUAUUUAAAAAAAUAAUUGAUACCGCGCGCGAUUAUCACACGCAUAUUUCUCGAGAGAGACAAUCUACAUAUCCGAAAUCUACAAAUCUAUAUUUAAUUAACUACGGGCAAUAACAAUAUUUAACUUUAUUGUGUGUCAAAAUAUUUAGUAUAUUAAAAAUUACAAAAUUUUUUGGAUAAAGUUAAAUUAA